CUCUCUCUCUCUCUCUCCGAUUCUUUGCCUGCAAGAAAUUAAAUAAAUGAAUUAAUGCUGCGCCUCAGCAUGAUAUAGAGCUGCUGCAGCUCUACUAUCCUCUCAGAGACCCAAAAGAUUGAUUGUUUCCAUAAAUAUAAAUCCGCAAGAUAUAGUUAUAUAUACGCAUUAUCAUCAUCUGUUGAUGAAUUGGAAUCUUGAUAUUGUUUCUGCACAUUUUCCCAGAUUCUUGGCCUGUAUUUGUUACAGCAGCUACCUCUAGUUCGUACGCUAUCUCCUGGAAGCAAUUGCGGCCCAAAAUCUGAAGUUUUCUGGGGUGUAUGCGUAGAUAUACCCGAGUAUGGCGAUUGCAGCGGCGAUAGUGAUUGUUCCCUUGGGUGUUCUCUUCUUCGUUUCCGGCCUCGUGAUUAAUUUCAUUCAGGCAGUAUGUUUUUUGCUAAUCAGACCGUUGUCAAAGAAGACAUAUAGGAGGAUAAACAGGGAGGUGGCAGGAUUGUUGUGGCUGGGGCUUGUGUGGCUGAUCGAUUGGUGGGCUGGUGUUAAGAUUGAGUUGUACACUGAUUCUGAAACUUUUAAGUUGAUGGGUAAAGAACAUGCACUUGUCAUAUGCAAUCACAAAAGUGACAUUGAUUGGCUUGUUGGAUGGGUGUUGGCUGAGCGAUCAGGUUGCCUUGGUAGCACUUUAGCUGUUAUGAAGAAAUCAUCAAGAUUCCUUCCUGUGAUAGGAUGGUCCAUGUGGUUCUCUGAGUAUCUCUUUCUAGAGAGAAGCUGGGCAAAGGAUGAAAGCACCUUAAAGUCAGGACUUCAACGGCUAAGAGAUUUUCCUCGACCCUUUUGGCUGGCACUUUUUGUUGAGGGUACUCGCUUCACGCAGGCAAAACUUUUAGCUGCUCAAGAGUAUGCAUCCUCGGCAGGGCUACCUGUUCCAAGAAAUGUCUUGAUUCCUCGUACUAAGGGUUUUGUUACUGCAGUAAGUCACUUGCGCUCAUUUGCUCCAGCUAUCUAUGACGUAACUGUUGCCAUUCCCAAAACUUCCCCUGCACCAACAAUGCUAAGACUCUUUAAAGGGCAAUCUUCUGUGGUGCAUGUCCACCUCAAGCGACACUUGAUGAAGGAUUUGCCGGAAACCGAUGAGGCAAUUGCUCAGUGGUGUAGGGAUGCCUUUGUUGCCAAGGAUAAGUUAUUGGACAAGCAUAAUGAUGAGGAUUCCUUCGGUGAACAACUGCAAGACACUUCUCGCCCCGUGAAGUCCCUUCUGGUUGUCUGUUGUUGGGCAAUUUUGCUUAUCCUGGGAACCUUGAAAGUUAUCCAGCAUUACUCUCUUUUAUCUUCACGAAAAGGCGCCGCUUUGUCAGCCAUUGCUUUGGCUGUCGUUACCAUUCUCAUGCAAAUCUUGAUCCAAUUCUCGCAAUCGGAGCGAUCAACCCCUGCCAAGGUCGUACCAUCAAAGUCUAGGAACGGGGUAGAGCCCUCACGAGCUAACUAGACGAGAUAAACAGCAGUAAGUACACUGUAUUUCCGGAACGAUAGAAAUCAAUGGCCUUAUUAGGAGUAGCCUUUCUUUCUAGCCAAAUAUGAAUCAUGCAGUGCGUUUUGCUGUUCAUUUACACAGUUAUUACAGUAAAUCUGCCUGUGCUUGAACUUUCUGUACUAAAAACGGACUUCUUUUUAACUCUGAUGUGAUGAAGAAUGAAAAAAUCUUUCUUGGUAGAGUCA